AUGGUCGCUCUCUAUACUCUCAUAGCCGUCGGGGCUCUGACCCUGACUAGCCAGGUUCGUGCCACGACUGUGUCACUUCCCUCUUGCCCAGCGCCCUUCACUCCCUUUGUUUACUCGGGCUGCUACACGAGCGUGAGCAACCCGGACACGCUUCCUUUCCGCACCGAAGUCCCCCGAGCAAACAUGACGGUCGAGAAGUGUCAGGCCGCAUGCAAGGGGAACGGAUAUCGGUUUGCGGGACUCGAGUAUUACGGGGAGUGCAGAUGCGGUUCAUCGAUAGGAGGAAUCAAGGUUGCUGAGUCCGACUGCAAGCUUGCAUGCACUGGCGACAAAACUCAGAUUUGCGGUGGAAACAACCGCCUCUCUAUAUACGAGGAUUCAACUUUUCCGGCUGCUGCUUCGGUUACACUCGAUGAUUACAAGAACAUCGGCUGCCAUGUUGCGAGUUCAGACCCGGGCGGCAAAGCCCUGGUGUACCGAGUGGAGGAUGUCACCGGCCAACCCUGGAGCAGAGACACAGGUUCGAACCCCAAGUGCAUCGAGGGAUGUAUGUCAAGAGGGUUUCCCUAUGCUGGAACCGAAUAUGGAGGUGAAUGUUGGUGUGGCGUUGUGAUGGGCAACGGCGCCGUUGCUGCUCCCCCUUCCGAGUGUGACUUGACCUGUCGCGGUGCUCCCGAUCAGAACUGCGGAGGUCGAUCUCGCAUCAAUAUAUUCGUCGCCAAAGGCCUUGAGUCGACCGAGCCUUGUGAUCAUCAGCCCCCGAGUCUGCCAGAAACCUCCACGACUCUCUCGUCGACGAGCCUCUCGUCCACAUCCACAACCCUCUCGUCGACGAUUCUCUCAUCAACAGCCCUCUCGUCGUCCACAACUCUUUCCUCCACGACAGAGCCUGCCACAGUACCCACAGAAACAUCCACCAUAGUUGUGCCUAGUACGGCCCCUGCGACGACCCCGACGCAGCCGCCCACCACCCAGCCACCAACGACUCUGCCGCCCCAGACUACUACGCCAACUACUUCGAGCGCAGUUUGUGUAAGCACUAUUGUCACUCCCCCCAAGUGCGAGUACCAGUGUGGAAAUUGGUGCUCCGGUGGGCUUCCCGACUGGGACAACCAGGAAGGAUGCAAGCACGGAUACUCGUCCUGCAAGCUUCAAAUUGCUGCCUGCUUCAAGAAUGCCGGAUUCCCAGGGGCUCUCAAGUGUUUCGAGUUCGCCCUCUGGUGUGGCGCCUGUGGUGACUACUGUAACACGGCGCCCAAGAACAAGUGCUCCAAGCAAGACUGGUUCAAGCAGAAGCCACCGGCUUGGGGUCCUGGAAAGCCAUCGACCACUACCAUCACGGCCCCCUGCCAGCCUACAGCCACCAUGACGCCGACCAAGACGCAGACCACACCGGCCACCACGUCAACCCAGUGCCCCGUGCCUCCAACUGCGACCAACAUCUGCAAGCAGCCGACCAACAUAUGGUACGGCUACAAGCCCGGAAAGCCGGUCGGUGGCAUCGAGCUGCCCAUGGUGACAUGCAACGACCUCAAGGACGACUGGCACUCGGGCAGACCGUGGAAGCUGUAUACCGACGUUGACAGCCGCAAGUGCAUGUCCUACCCGCAUCUGGCGGUGCCCAACGCCUGCAAGGAUGCCUGCAAGGAGCAGUAUGACGACUGCAAGGACACUUAUGCCGAGGCUUGCAGGCAGGGGACUGAGAAUCCCGGCUUCAGCUUCAAUCUUGGCUGGCCGUUCAAGAGAAGCCUGGCCGGCAGGACUCUGAGCUGGAUCGACACCUGGAAGUCGGCAAUGGACAAAUGCCACGCUCAGUACUCUGACUGUUUGGUUGUGAACAAGAAUGCCGCGGCCAAGGGCAAGUGCCACGCCUGGGGUGCUGGUUGGUGAUUGAGGGAGUUUUUGGGGAGUUGGUGUUUUUUUUUUUUUUUUUUUUUUUUUU